CCAAGUAGCUAACGUUAGCAGAGCAGAGUUUUUACUGUACCACCGUUAGCCGCGCUAGCCGCUAGAUGUAGCCGCUCCUGGAUGUUUUUCCAGCCGUUUAUGAGUUAGGAUACCGGGGACAGACGUUCAUGAGCCCCUCCGAUCACUAAAACGCAACCACGCUGACCCCCACCGAGUCAGUUCAGUGUCCAGCGGGUGUUACCGACAGUCGAAAGUGGGGACCCUGCCUAAGUGAGACCACGCCCUCCCUGCCCCCGGCCCCUCCCACCUCCCCGUCAUCCUGAUUGGGUCCCUGGUGGCGGUGGAUUGGAGCGCUCUGAUUGGAGGGUUUGUGAGGUGGUUAUCCGGUCUGGCGCCGCCUCCCCCCGGGGCCGGCGUGCGCUCCCAGCAGCCCGUGGUGCCCUGCACCCCCCCCUCCCCAUCGCUGCGCACCAGAGCCCAUGCCCACGGAGGAGGCGCGGUGCGGCCGCCAGGAGCCAUGUGCCUCCCUCACACCAACAACAUGGAGAGCAAGCUACAGGGGGCGGGGCAGGGGGGCGGGGCUUCGCUGGGACCACGAGGAGGAGGCGUUCCUCUGGAGCCCUUCGUACACCAGGUGGGCGGUCACACCAGUAUGAUGCGCUACGACGACCACACAGUGUGUAAGCCUCUGAUCAGCAGAGAGCAGCGCUUCUACGAGUCUCUGCCUCCGGAGAUGAAGGAGUUCACACCGGAGUAUAAAGGCGUGGUGCUGGUGUGUUUUGAAGGCGACUCGGACGGCUACAUCAACCUGGUGGCCUACCCCUACGUGGAGAGCAACCUGGAGGGGGGCGGGGAGCACGAGGAGCGCGACCCUCCCGAGAGGGAGCAGCCGAGGAGGAAACACUCUCGCCGCAGCCUCCACCGCUCCUCCUCCUGCUCCGAUCACAAGGAGGAGCGGCUGGAGCGGAGGGAGGCGCAUGAUGGCGACAGUUCUGACAACCUGGCGGAGCUGAAGAGUCCCAGGCUGGACCUCCAGAUCCAUUCAGAUAUUCCCUUCCAGAUGCUGGACUGGAACAGCGGUUUGAGCUCGGAGAAGAUCAGCCACAACCCCUGGAGUCUCCGCUGCCACAAGCAGCAGCUCAGCCGCAUGAGGUCUGAAUCCAAGGACCGCAAGCUCUUCAAGUUCCUGUUGCUGGAGAACGUGGUUCACCACUUCUCCUACCCCUGCAUCCUGGAUCUGAAGAUGGGCACCAGGCAGCACGGAGACGACGCCUCCGAGGAGAAGGCCGCCAGGCAGAUGAAGAAGUGUGAGCAGAGCACUUCAGCCACACUGGGAGUCAGAGUCUGUGGCAUGCAGGUGUACCAGAUGGACACCGGUCACUACCUCUGCAGGAACAAGUACUACGGCCGCGGCCUGUCGAUCGAAGGCUUCCGUCACGCGCUCUACCAAUACAUGCACAACGGCCAGGGUCUGAGGCGGGACCUCUUUGAGCCAAUCCUGAGCAAGCUUCGCAGCCUGAAGGCGGUGCUGGAGAGGCAGGCGUCCUACCGCUUCUACUCCUCCUCACUGCUCAUCAUCUAUGAGGGAAAGGAACCCGAGGGCCCGGCGGUCCCCAACACUGAGCAGCAUGCAGCCUGGCAGAAGAGUCCCUCGGCCCCCGCAGAUCCUCACGGCGGCUCCUGGCCGGGCGCGCCGCAGCCCCCCGAGGCCCCGCCGCAGCUCACUUCCUGUGAAAAGGACAAGAUCCGGGAGCCGGGGCCGGGGCCGGGCUCGGGGUCAGGGGAGGGGUCAGUAGAGGGGUCAGGGGUAAGCUUUCCCCCACAGGGACCUGGACUGACGGCUGAGAUCCCGCCCUCCCCUCACCCUCCCCCUCAGGCUCCGCCCACCAUGACAGACUGCAACCCCAGCAUCCUCCCCUGUCUCCCCCUGCCACCAAUUUUGUUUCCCCUCCUCCUCAAACCAACCCGCAGCUCACCGCCCCCCCCGCCCCAGCAGCCCCCCCUGGUGGACGUUCGCAUGAUCGACUUCGCCCACUCCACCUUCAAGGGUUUCCGCGGCGACACGGCAGUGCACGACGGCCCGGACCGGGGUUAUGUGUUCGGACUGGAGAGUCUGGUCCGCAUCCUGGAAGGCCUGCGGGACGACAACCUACUGUAGCUCCCAACACACACACAUACAUGCACACACACACACACACACACACACACACACACACACACACAGUGGUAAAACAGCAUGACAGAUUGUGGAAAGUUAGUCCAGGUCAGAGCCAUACACAGAUGUAGUUAGUCCAGGUUGUGCUAGCAGUGUUAGCUGUAAAUAUAGAAUAGUGUCCUCAGUAACAUCGUCACGGCAACAUGGGCACUCUAAAGUCCAGCUGGUUACUAUAGCAACGGUCAUGAAGCAGGACUGUAAAGCCGAAAUGGCCGCUGCUGCAAACUGCAGUGAAGAAACUCUUCUACAGUAUCUAGGGCUCUGCACAGUAUAUACACAAACACAUAAAACUCACACACACACACACACACACACACACACACACACACACACACCCACCCUGGGAAGACCGUUUGGCUGUGGAGCAGUUUUAGAGGACAAUGCAACAGAAUGGAUUGGGUUUCUUCUCUGACAGACUGAUUGGCUGCAUCCCAGGGACCGCCCACAGAAAUUGGCAAACACCCACAUUAACCCCCACCAAACUCCCUAAACACACACACACACACACUCAUACACACACACACUAACACACACACACACACACACGGACACUCCUCCCUUCUCGUCCUCCCACCGAUCCAUUUGGACCCGGCAGAGCCGCACCAGACCACAGAGGGGCCGGAGAGCGCCGGGACAGGAAGCUGGACGGUCUCUCUGAAACACACUCAGUCACACGUCCAAACGUCCGUUAAGGCAAAGACACACGGCGACUUUUUUCAGGCAAUGCAGACGGGCAACGUUGGCGAUUGGCAGAACUUACAACAGCAAAGUGGGUCUCGGUGGUAGGCUGUAAAGAGCAAAAAACUAUUAAUUUCCACAACUUUAUAUAUACAUUUUGAGGGAGGGGGGAUAAUUCGGCGUCCUGUAUCUGUAAAAGUGUCUCAUUUAGUCAAACAAGGCCUUCAGUUCCUGCUGUCCUUCCAGAACGUCCCGCCAUCCGGUUUAAUGCUGUUACCUAUCACUCUGGAAGCUCGGUGUUACUUUUCCAAAUUGUGUCUAAUCUCAUUUCGGAGCUCCUCAAAGUAAAUUGCUCACAAGUCUGUCAGCAGGAUUGCCCACAAUGCAUUGCCUGAAGACGUUACCGUGUAUCCCGGCCUUCAAAGUGCCGAUUGGUUCCAGGCUGAUGGCAGCUGUUAGCCAAUGGCCUUUGACUUCAGGUUUGUCCAUUUAUGUUUCCUUUGAGCAAGCUCCAGAAGGCAGCCGUGACAGCGCUGCCCCCUGGUGGGCAGGAACAGGAACCCAGCCACACAGAUGGAAAAAGGGUGUUUUUUUUUUUUUUCUUCCCCCCCAUUUGGUUUCCAAGAGAGCAAAGGUGAAUAUUUAAUUUUAUUUUAUCAAGGUAAUCAUUUAUUUUUUUAUUGUACCUUUAUCCAUACACGGGGGAUUCACGGAAAACGUUUUAUUUUGCAUACCUCCCCCAUGUACAAAGUGUAAACAAUUUAGAGAAGAACCGAACUGCAUCAGCGAGACAGAGAAUAUGAAAAGUGAGCAGGGGCGGCGUCGUGUGAGCUAACAUUCGUCUUUUUUUCUGUUGCUGUCGACUCGUGUCCGGUCUCAUGGAUUCACUAUCAACAACUGGCUGUCAGCUUUGGAUUGCAGGUUCUCCCUCUGUCUCUGUGUGUGUGUGUGUGUUUUUUUUUUUUUUUUUUUUAAUAAACAGUUACAGCAACAGAAAUGAGACCAGCGUUAGCUCACCGAUCCUCCGCCUGCUGACUGCAGAGGAGUUGUAGCUCUAGAGAAAAGCUUUUUUGCAAAUGGCCGUCAGAGCAGACGAGGUGGCAGCCGGAUGCAGAAACCACUGUGAGCCGUCGGGUUUGUCUCACUGCAACAUGGAUGGGAUUUAAAGAGCUGCUCUCACGUGACUUUUUGUCCCAAAGCGGUGUGUUUAUAAUACUGUAAUCUGUGUCUGCUCAGCUUGAACUGGGCUGUUGUUGGAAUAGAGGGCAUGCUGCCUCCAUGUGGCCAGGUGCAGUAUUGCAAGGAGACACGUUAAUCAGGUCAGGGAAUGUCUGAGAGCAAUAAUCCGGUUUCCACCACAAGGCCAUCAUCAUUGAUCAAAGCCAUUUGUCUCGAAGAUUGAUUUUUUUUUUCUUUUUUUCAGCAAUUUCUGCAGCUGAAAUCAGCAUCUUGACUGUUUCCAGUGGGUGUUGUAAGUGAAAGUCAGAUGUCACAGCACUGCCAGUGUCCCUGAUUCAUUAGGAGCGCUGGCACAGGGACUAAUAAACCAUUUUUUUCCUGCUCAGAUGUAAGCAGGCCCUGCGUGGCCCUGCAGUGAAAACACAGCUGGCAGAGCAGAAGGCAUUGACUCAGAGUCAGCAGCCGUCCUCGCAGCGCUGUCACUGCUUUUCAGUCACUUUAACCACGUCGUACAGAAGGACAGCAGCGGUUUUGUUUUGGCGUUGAGAGGAGCUGACAGCUUCCUCGGUCGCACACGCCGACACGCCGGGUUCAGACGCUUCCUAUGUGGUGCGCAGAGGCAGGGCGUGCAGCCUCCAUCGAUCCCUGAAGGGAAAUCGUCUGAGUCUCCAUGCCCGGUCUCACGGCCUGUCCGACUUUAACACGAGCUCCCGCAGAGUCUUGAAGGGUUUAAGUCUCUCGAUGCAAAACCUACAAGAGCUCUGGUUUGAACUGACGGUGCCACACGCCGGUCAGAUGAGUUUAAGGGAGAAGCAUCGAAAAAACAUAAACAAAACAAGUAAAGCAGCUGUUUUUCUUUUUUAUUUCCUGUCGUUUCCAUAUCUUUUAUCGUCUGAAAACAGAUCUGGGUUUUCUAUGAGAUGGUUGUGUGGCUUUUUAUUUGAUUUGGUUCGUAAAAUCACGUCACGUCUCGUCCUCACGCUGCGUUAAAACGCGCCGGUGACGCCGCCUGCGGUCCGCCAGGCCUCGGAGCUCAGGGCGCCGAGACUCCACCGUCGUUGUCUUUUGUCUCUCCUCUGAUUCAUAUUGAAUCAUUUCAUCUGCCGUUCAGUCUCUGUAAAGCUCAUUUUUCUCCCAACAGGCGUCCAAAAAAAUCUGCCAGCAGGGGUUUCAUAAUUCCUUUGACUUCAGUACAAUUCAAAGGUGAAUUAAUUUAUUUUUUAUUUUUAUCUGGAGAUGGGUUGGAGAAAUUUCUUGAAACCUGUAAAUGAUACAUGGGAAACACAGAUGAUCACACUCCAUCAGCCAGACAUUGUUUUUUCUCUCUUUUUUUUAUUUUUUAUUUGUGAGGCAGAAUAUAGAACAACAUGCUGGAUUUUGUUCUUUUUUUUUGUUGGAUCCACACACACUGAUUUUAACCCUCUGGAGGACGGUUAACAAGGUGGAUUGCAUGCUUUUUUCCAUUUCUGCUUUAUUUGAGAGCACAGUUAAGAGAGAUGCAUCCAACAUAGUUUCUUGUCCAGAUUCAAACCCGUCACACUGCAAGUACAGUCACAUGGUUACACACCUUUUUAUUCCGUUGAGCCACCGGGACGUCCCAACAAGCCUUUUUCUCCUCCAGUUCAGAGUUUUCUCAAACCGAGCAACUCAAUAAUGAGCAGUAAGGUUGAUCAUUUCCCCCCCUUAUGCCCCUAAAAGUUUUUUUUAAUUGAACAUAAAACACAUUCCUGUUUUAAAAGUCUGUCGUCGGCAGUUUCACAGAGAAUGGCAGGGUAAAGUUUUAGUUUUAAGUUUUUUUGUGAACUUUUUAAAGCCGUUAGCUUGCAGCUCAGCCUGUGAACGUGCACCGCAGCAGAGCCUCUGGAGGUCACUUCAUCCAGCGCUCACAUGUGAAGUCUUGAAACUUUAAUCAGCCCUGAAAACUGGGUCAAAAUGUCGCUGAAACGAGAAUCUGCCACUGGAGUUUGGUCAUUUCACUUUAGUUUGAGUAAGGCUUCAACAGCUGCUGUUUGGUGUCUUUUUAAAUGUCUUCCCCCCUGCCCUCCCUAAAAACAGAGUUUAUUCACUGUUUCCCCAAGAAUUUCAGCUCAAUCCAGGUGGAAAAGCCUCUGAAACGGCAGCCGGCCAACAUGAGGACUGAAACUGUCAGGCACAGUUUGCUGCAGUCUGAUUAAAAAGUCACUUCAGACUCGGCGAGUUUAGGUUUCACAGCUUCCCAGCGUGGCAUCCAUUAAAUCCAUAAUGUAAUAAAACAGCACCAUAUCUGGAAAAGGCCAGUAUCUGUAGUAGGACAAAUUUCAUGACCAUAGCCUAACUGUAUUUAUAAAAAGGCAUUUGGCUCCACAGGGCAGGAGAUUUCUUUAAGUUGAACUGGAGACAGGUGGAAUCAGCCUCUCUGUACUGGCAGUUUUUUUCACUCCAGUUAGUUGAGGAAAAGUGAAAUCUAAAAACUGAAUAUGAGACUAAACAACCAAAAUUUUCAGUGUAAUCAGUGUAGAAAGUUCAAGAGCAGCUUCCCGUGUCCGCGUGUCCCGUGUCGUCACGUCAGCCCUGGUUCAGUGUUCGAGUCGACUCAGAUUUCAUGCUUUUAUCUCCCCUUUUUCAGAUUCUGUUAAAUUAACAGUUCAAUACAUUUUGACAUAAAAACAAAGAAGUGUAACGUUAGCUCACGCGACUGACGCCCCCUGCUGGUCACGUUCAGCAUCACCGUGAUGCCGAACGGUACUAAAAUUCAGAUAAAAUUCAGAUUUUUUUUAAAAAAAAUUUCUUGCAAAUUUUUUUUUCUUCCUAGUGACCCCAAGUGCACUGCCGUUGUGGACAGAUAGUUGCAUUUAAAAAACAAACAAACAAAUAAAAAACCUGCAACCACAAUUUUGCUCUUUUGGAAAAAUCUAUUGAAAUAAUUUUCAGUUUCUACGGAAAAAAAUUCGCACGACCAGGCAGUUUAUUUAUUUUAUUUUGACGGUCAGCUGCGGACAAAACAGCAGGGCCAGCGUGACAAAUCCCCCCGCCCCACUACACGAUUAAAAAAAUCAAAUCAAAAAUUCCUCCGAUCCACCAUGAGUCUGGGAAGAGAUAAAUGUUUGGAAAAGGUUUGAUUUCAGAUGUUUAUAUGAAAUAAAAUCCAUCCGCUGGGUCUUCAGGUAUGUUAGUGUGUGAGGUGAGAAACAUCCGCCGUGGAAACGAGGCCAGGGGGUUUUAAUCACUUUCAGGAUGUUUUUUUUUUUUUUUUUUCUUGUAUCGUGAUCUGCGUGGCUCGGCCUCACCUCAGGCCCGGAGCAGCCGCUGCACUCGUCUGGUUUCUCUGCAGCCCGAAUGCGCUUGUCAAUCAAAAGGGACGAGGUGUGCGUGAGUGUGUGAGUGUGUGUGUGUGCGUGUGUGACUGGUCUCCUCGGUGGUGAUGUCAUCUGGCUCUCCAUAGAUGUGAGAAGAGAUUAUCUUGUAGAAAAAAAAAAAAGACAGAAACAAAUAUUAUCACCCCCAAAGUAUCUUUUUUUGUUUUCCUUUAUUGUUGUUGCAUGGAUGGAUAUUUUUUUAAGAAUUAUAAUAUGACAUCUUUAUGACAACUUUGAAUGUGAGCUAUAAAACAUUUAUUUAAGAAAA